AGAUAUCAGGGCAGCUGGAACUGAAGGUGGCGGGAGCCGAGUGAUCCGGCGGUGAGCUGAGCGGGGCGGGAUGGCGGCGGAGCAGGGGCGGUCGCUGGCGGAGACGCCCACCUGGUCCGUGGCAACCGUCACCACGCUCAUGGUCGCUGCCUGCUUCCUCGUCGAGCGCUCCCUCUCGCGCUUCGCCAAGUGGCUGCGCAAGACCAAGCGGAAGGCCAUGCUCGCCGCGCUCGAGAAGAUCCGCGAAGAGCUGAUGCUGCUCGGAGUCAUCUCGCUGCUGCUCAGCCAGACGGCGCGCUUCAUAUCGGAGAUCUGCGUGCCGUCCUCGCUCUUCACCAGCCGCUUCUACAUCUGCUCCGAGAGCGACUACCAGGACCUGCUGCGCAACACGGACGCCAACCAGACGGCGCUCGACAAGAACAUGUUCGGUGGCCAACGGCUGCACGUCUGUGGCGAGGGCCAUGAACCUUUUGUUUCGUACGAGGGCCUUGAGCAGCUGCACCGGUUUCUCUUCAUCCUUGGUAUCACUCAUGUGUUGUACAGUUUUGUAACAGUGGUUCUGUCCAUGAUCAAGAUCUAUAGCUGGAGGAAGUGGGAAACCUUAGCAGGUCCAAUUGCUGCUGAGGAAUUGAAAGCUAGGAGAACCAAGGUGAUGAGAAGGCAGUCAACCUUUGUUUUUAACAAUGCUUCUCAUCCAUGGAGCAAAAAUAAAAUACUUAUUUGGAUGCUUUGCUUUUUGCGUCAAUUCAAGGGCUCCAUAAUAAGGUCAGACUAUUUGGCACUGAGGUUGGGCUUUGUCACAUAUCACAAGCUACCACAUUCAUAUGACUUCCAUAAAUACAUGGUACGGAGCAUGGAAGAUGAUUACAAUGGGACUAUUGGUAUCAGUUGGCCACUUUGGGCAUAUGCGAUUGUCUGCAUAUUAAUCAAUGUUCAUGGUAUCAAUAUAUAUUUCUGGUUGUCCUUUGUUCCUGUUAUUCUGGUGCUUCUAGUGGGUACUGAACUUCAGCACGUCAUUGCUCAGUUGGCUUUGGAAGUCGCUGAGGCAACAGCGCCUUAUGUUGGCUCACAACUUAAACUGCGUGAUGAUCUAUUUUGGUUUGGAAAGCCUCGGGUACUCUGGUGGCUUAUACAGUUCAUUUCAUUUCAGAAUGCUUUUGAGCUGGCAACAUUCUUAUGGUCUCUGUGGGAACUCAGUGCACAAACAUGUUUCAUGAAGCACUACUACAUGGUUGCCAUUCGGUUGAUUUCUGGGCUCCUAGUUCAGUUUUGGUGCAGCUACAGCACACUGCCGCUGAAUGUGAUUAUUUCUCAGAUGGGUUCCAAGUUCAAGAAAUCACUGGUCUCGGAGAACGUGAGGGAGUCGCUGCACAGCUGGUGCAAGAGGGUUAAGGACAGGAGCCGACACAAUCCGCUCUUCUCGCGGAACGGGACCCUCACGACCAGAUCCGUGUGCUCCCUAGACACCACCUACGAGACGGAUCACGAGACGAACACGGUGUGCACGCUGUCGAGGACGGCGUCGGCGACGUCGCUGGACGACCAGUUGACCGUGGUCACCGUCGAUGACGAGCCGUCCUGCAUUGAGAAGGAUGUCUGACGCAGUUGCUGAUUCGCCAAAACUACAUACUGCACCGACCUGUGUGUUAGGAGGUACUCUAGGACUGAAAUGAAUGUAUAUGUGCAGUGGUUGCCCCUAUCGUGGCAGUGACCAUGUGUAUAUAUAGAACUAAAAAAACUAUAAUGUCUCUUAGCUGAGAGUGAGAGGCUGUACAUGGAAAUACUUGAGGCAGCUUGGACCAAAUACAAAACUGCAUCUUUUCGAGA